AUGCGGCCGCAACGUAUAUUAGGGUCCAAGAAAGGAUUCUACAAAGUGUCGUAUGCGCCGCUGAUUGAAAAUGGAGCGCCGCCACAGGAGACAGGUGAGAUACCUUCUCCGGAAUGGGUGCCAAGAUCGAGUGUCCCUCAGUAUCUGAUCGACACCUGGCGCGACUUUCGCGCCCAGCGGCGUGCAUAUAAGGAGGCGAUGCUUGCUAAGCAAGAUAACAAAGCAGAGACCGUGAGCAUCGAUGUACAGGCUGUGGCACCGCCUACCAGUGUCGUACAGGAGCUGCAUCAACCGGCUGCACCGCCAUCCGUGGAACAGACCGCUGAGCCAACGAGCCAUGCCCAGGAAUCAGAGACGACCGAGUUCGGAUUGCACAAACCAAGACAAGAGGCACUGCGCGUGUUUGCAAGAAGUAUGCAUGGAAAGAACGAUGUACAGACUAUGGAGCCUGGCGCUGACCAUGACGAAACGAUGGAGCAACUUACAGAUGCGUCCUCUCCGAAGCAUUCCCGGGACCAGAGCCAUGAGCCAGUAGUUUUUGUCGCUACGGGCGGUGAGUUGCCCGGAACCACUACACCGAUUGCGGAGAUCGUUGGGGAGGUGCAGCCAGCAGAGGCAGCACUGCUCGAGCCGCAUCUUUUGUUGCGAGAAGACGCACGAGAUACAAUGGCAAAUCCACCAGCAGCUCCGCUGGUGCCAUCCGAGCCCCAUGCUUCUACCCAAGAGCCUGGCGCCGCGCCUGGCCGCCGAAGCGCGCGCGUUCCCGAGAAAGUACACACGAGCGAAGAGGACCGUGCGCUGAGCCAUGACGAGCUGUUGUACACUACAGCUAGCCUCCGUAAUGAUUUGGUCAGGCAUCGGGAGAUGGCGGACGAAAUAAAGAACAUGUACGCCGAUGCGUCCACAAAGGCCGCCGAUGCUGUCAUGCAAUCCAAAAGAUUUGAGGAGGAGAACAAGCAGAUGGAACAAAAACUUUGCAACGACCUGCGUAUGCGCGAGGAAAUGGACUAUACCCAUAAAAAGAUGCUCAUGGACGAACUCGAACAAACCAAAACCCAACUUGCGAUUCUGUUGGCACGCGAUGCCAACACUGGGGAUGCGGCGCGCCACAAGGCAGUGCUAUGGGAUGAGGAACAGGAACGAAAACGAAAACGCGAGAAAUUGGCCAAGAAGCUCGCUGGAGAGCAACACAGUGUGAUCGAGCCCGUGGUAUCAGCACAGCCAUCACCGCCCCCAGCGAUGCGUGACGCCUUAGUCGACGAACUCGACGAGCUUGCUGCUGAAGCUGCUGAAUCAGGUGCCCCAUCUGUGCUUUUGGGGAAACGCUCGCGCUCGCGCCGUGUCGAACCUGAGGCAGACAGCACGCUCCUAGCCGCGGCGUCCUUGGAAAACCAUGCACUUCCCACGGCAUCAGCAGCAUUAGAAACCCCACUGUCCACGACGCAUGUUACCAUUCCUACCAAAGAGACAGAACACCGCCAUAUGGAGUUGCAGCGCGAGAUACCCUACGAUGCGCCCGAGUACGAGCCCGGCUCUCCCCGCUGGAAGCGCCGCAAGCGUGCAUUUUCCCCAACUCCGCCAUCUGUAGCGCCGUAG